CAACUUCACGUAGAACAUAAUCACGACGUACUUUUAUGUAUUUUUAGAUUUUUUAUUUGUACAUAUCGCAAUAAACCUUGAAGAUUAAUAGUUAAAGAAUCGAAACAUAAUGAAUAAGUUAAAAUGUGUUAAUUGGAAACCGGUUAAAAUAGAUGGAAAUCUUUGUGCUAAUUUAGACGGUUUAAUCGGUAUAGAAGAAUGUACCGAUUAUGAUUUAGGCGCUUCAUUGAAACCAAAAGCAUUUAAGAGUAAACAUAAACUUAAUACAAAAAAUAAAGCCUCAAAAAAGAUUAAAAAGUCAAUUAAUGAAGAUGAAGAGUGCGAUUUAAAACCUUCAACUACAGGAAGUACACAAACGGAUUUAAAAGAAUUUAAAGAAAAGAAUAAAAUUAAUUUAGAUAUAGUUAAAGCAUGGAACACUGUCCCACUUCAAACUCCCUUAUUAAAAGCUUUGGCAAUUCAAAAUUUUACUCAACCCACUGAAAUACAAAGUUUAACAUUACCAGCAGCUAUUUUGGGGAGACGUGAUAUAUUGGGAGCAGCAGAAACGGGAAGUGGUAAAACUUUAGCGUUUGGGCUACCUAUUUUAAAUGGAAUUUUGCAUCUUAAACAAGUUUCAAAUAAAGAGGAUGAUGAAUCUGAUUUUGAUGAAGUCGAAUCAGAAGUUGAAAGCCUUGAUGAAAAUGGUUUUGGAUGUGUGAAAUCGAUAAAUAACAUAUCCAUUGUAAAUGAUAAAGAAAAACCUUUGUAUGCUUUGAUUUUGACACCAACAAGAGAAUUAGCAAUACAAAUAAAAAAUCAUUUAGUUUCUGCUGCACAAUUCACAACAAUUAGAAUUGCUGUAGUUGUUGGGGGAAUGUCUGUUGAGAAACAAGAAAGAAUUUUAAGUAAAGGUCCUGAAAUUGUUAUUGCAACUCCUGGGAGACUUUGGAAUUUAUUGGAAGAGGGAAAUCAACAUUUAAAUCAAAUUGAUAAUAUUAAAUUUUUGGCUAUUGAUGAAACUGAUAGGAUGAUAGAAAAAGGUCAUUUUCAGGAACUUGGGCACAUUUUAGAACGUUUAAAUAUGGACGAAAUGAAACGAAAAGCCCGCCAAAAUUUUGUAUUUUCGGCCACUUUAACUUUAAUUCACGAACUUCCUAAACAUUUAUUGGUUAAAAGAAAAGUUCGCGGGAAGAAAAAUAUCUCCGAUAUGACGCCAGAUCAAAAAUUACAAAGUAUCGUUGAUAUUUUGGGCAUUUCUAACCCAAAAGUCGUCGAUAUUACCAAAGGAAAAGGAACUCCACAGAGUUUAACAGAAUCAAAAAUUACUUGUAGCAUCGAUGAAAAAGAUUAUUACGUUUAUUAUUUUUUAAAACAAUAUAAUGGUCGCACAUUAAUUUUUUGUAAUUCAAUAGGUUGUGUAAAACGUUUAGUUUCUUUAUUGGGAUUGUUAGAUUGUAAGCCAUUACCAUUACAUGCUUCAAUGCAACAAAGACAACGAUUAAAAAAUUUAGACAAAUUUAAAUCAGACGAAAAUGGUCUUUUAAUAGCAACUGAUGUCGCAGCUCGCGGUUUAGACAUUCCAUCAGUUCAACAUGUUCUACAUUAUCAAACACCAAGAACAAGCGAAAGUUAUGUUCAUCGUUCUGGACGUACAGCUAGAGCUACUAAAGAAGGUUUAACAGUUCUUUUAGUUGAACCGGAUGAAUUACAAAAUUAUUUAAGAUUAUGCCGAACAUUAGGAAAAACUGAAGAUAUUCCUCAAUUCCCCAUACAAGAUAGUAUUUUAAACGCUGUAAAACAAACUGUUAAUUUAGCUCGUGAAUUAGACAAAUUAGAACUACAAGUGAAAAAAACAAACUCAGAGAGUGGUUGGAUGCAAAAAGCUGCUGAAGAAAUGGAUAUUAUUUUUGAAGAGGAAUCCUGCAAAUACGAUAAAUCUGACGCGAAUAAAUUAAAAAAAGUCGCCGAUAUAAAACGUAAAGAAUUAAUGGUUAUGUUAAAAAAACCGUUGUUCCCUAAAAAUAUGGUUAUGCGGUAUCCAUUAUUUCCAAGUAAUUUAGAUUUUCUUGAUAAAAAACCAAUCAAUGCUAUUGAAACUAUGAAAAAUUGUUUGGAAAAUUCGGCGCCGAUAAGGAAGAAAGCUAAACGAUUGUUUAAAACUAAGAUAGAAAAUAUUGGGAGUGUUAAUAAGUUAAAAAUUAAUGGAAAUAAAGGGGGGAAAAUAAAGAAAAGGAAACGAUAAAUUUUUGUUAAA